CUCGACCAGAACGAAGUUCAUCUCGUGAACAGCUCACGAUGCGCCUCACAUGAUUGACACGUCUUCCCUUGAUUGGAUUUCUUCGUCUUGGGUUAGCUUCGCGCUCCGUUGCGCUGGAGAAGGGGCCUUGGUGAUCGUCAUCAUCGAGUCUGGUUCACCUUCGAGUUCACCUUGAUUCACCCACGGUCAACCUGAUACAAAACUCGAUCCGCCGACAGUCUCCCGAUCUCCUAUUUUUCCUUCCUUGCUAUUGUUGAGGGCUCAAUACCCAACCACAAUAGUGCGCGCUCCGAUUUGAACUGCAACAAUGGAGCAAGCUCAACGCGCCAAUGCUGCUCAGCUCGCAGCUAGAAAUAUCAAAGCAAGACCACGAUCUCGACGAACCGGAUCCCAACCACCCAACUCCACAGCGCAACAGCAAUUUACGUCAAUGCAAUCUCCUUCGCAGAACGGCGGCGGUGGUCUCUUCGGAGGCAGCAUCCAAGCUCCGGGCGAAUUCAACUUCUCUGCUUCUGCGCAAGGUCUCAGUCUUCCUCCACCUUCCUUCGGUCCCAGAUCGAACACCACGAAGGAGCCAUCGCAAGAUGAGUCGGAAAGCAAUGGGCGUUUCGCGGGCGACGAUAGGGCUACAAAGAGACAGUUUGGAGGCCCUUCAACGAUUCAACAGAGCAAUUCUCCCUUCCAGACCUCCAAUCCUUUUGAGCAAAGCCAGCCAAGCAACCAAUUUGGUGCGACGCAACAGCCAUCAGGAGGAAGCAUGUUUCCUUUCGGAGCCUCUCAACCGUCGGGACCUUCUGGGAUCAACUUCAACUCCGGUUCUACCGCCCCUGCCACGCCUGCAAACAACCCAUUUUCCUUCCAGCCAGCCUCACAACCUGCGCCAACCACUCCUAGCUCCAGCUUCGGAUCAGGUCCCUUCAAUUUCAAUCAGCAGUCAUCUCAACCCGCAGGGUCAUUCGGCUUAGCACCGGCAGUACAAAAUGAUAAGCCUGCAAAUUCUCCAUUCUUGUUCGGUCAAACCUCCGGGCAACCAUCGAGCUCUAGCACCACCUUCGGUUCUACUCCAGCGCCUACUCCCCCAACUAGCAACUUCUUCGGGUCUGCUCCAAUUACGACAGCUGCUCCUCAAAUGAGCAAUUUCUUCGGCUCUACUACCUCCACAGCACCUGCCCCCCAAUCAAAUAGCCUCUUCCCUUCUCCUACAUCGGCUGCUCCCACAGCAAGCACUCCCUUCGGUACUCCAAAGCCAGCGCCUCCACAAGACAAGCCUACCAGCUCGCCGUUCACUUUCGGUCAGGCCUCCGCCCCUCCGUCAAGUUCUGGCAUCAUUUUUAAUUCUAUUCCGGUGCCUGCCCCGCCCACCAGCAAUCUCUUCGGAUCUAUUAAACCUCAGCAGUCCGCACAGCCUACAGAUUCAUUCGGGUUGUCAAAUCAACAAACGGCCUUAUUGUCCAACCCAUUUGCUCAUCUGAAUGUCCCAGCCUCACCGGUCAGCAAUGUGUUUGGAAAGCAGGAGCAAAAGACUGCAGCACCCGCGACAGGUAUCCUCUUCGGCCUCUCGGAUCCUGCUCAGGCAUCCACAGCGAACAAUGCCUUCGGAGAUGCCGCUCAAGCACCUACAACACCAAGUAAAUCCACCCUCUUUGGGCAGCAGCAGUCCAAAGUUUCUCCUACAAGUAAUAUGUUUGGAAACCUCAAUAAACCAACAGCAUCGACCGCUGAUUCCAGUAAUCAAAAUCAGCAAGCAUCGGCUGGCAGCAUGUUUGGGAACCAAGAGACCAAGCUGAACAAUGAUUUAUUCGGAAAUCUCAACAAGCCAAUCGAUCAGUCAGUUGCGCAGCCAAAGGUGAAUGGAAGUGUUCCGGAGACUGGCCCCACUGCUAGCUCCUCCCUUUUCAGCAAACCUGCCUCAGCUGCCAACAUUUUCGGAGCUUCCAAAUUAACAUUCACUCCAUCACCUGCCACGAACGGCGCCAAGCCUUCCUCUGGGUCGGCACAGCCGCCUCAAGCCAGUGGUAACAUAUUUUCGCCCAUGAAGCCCCUUGACGCUCCGGCUAGUGCAAGCCAACCUCCUCCUAACGGUAUGUUCCCAAGCCUGGAGCAUUCGAAGAGCCCACAGAGAUUAAGUGGUUCGUCUUUGGUUCCGGACGCCCCAGCUACCUCCACUAGUGAAUCUGUCCAGAGUGAGGCUUUGCAAAGAAAAAACACUUCAGCUCGGCAACAAAUGAAGGAAGUGAGUGAGAUGACGGAAGAAGAUAUGGCGCAUCUACUACCCCCAAAUUACACCGGGUUUCAGAAGAUGGCUUUCUACCAAGGAAUUCGAAUGCGUAUCCUCCAUCAGGCGAUGUCAGACUUUUUCGCUUCAGUUAAUCCUGAUGAGGAUGCCACACCUGUUCUAGAGUUUUGUAUACAGCAACGUGGGUUGAUAAUGGGGGAUACCCUCGAGUUGAAGCGGAAGAUGGGCGAGGUGACUGAUGGAGCUGACCACGCCUACAAACGGUCAAAGCAGAGCAUCGAAUUCGCUUCUACCAAGCCGCAUGAACAACAGUCAAAGAGGAAACUUGAUGACGAGGACCGGGAAAAUGAAAAUCCGACGAAGCGAACGAGACAGAUCGAUCCAUCAAGUUCCGCUCGAGGUCUUGCCAAUAGUGAGAUCAAUUCCAAUGGACAAGCUUCCGCUUCUGUCAACGGGAACAAUCUUCAAUCGUGGAAAGCUCCCUCGUCAGGACUCCCUUCUUCCUCGGAAACCCCACUCAAGCGACAGGCCGACAACCAGAUUACAAAAGACUCUGUGGCACGCAACCCUCUGCGACAAUUGAAGACACCAAAAGCGAACGGAACCAUGGAAUCCAGCUCGUCAGGUUCUUCCACUUCAAACAUUUUCAGAAACAUUCUUGACAGCCCGUCAAAGUCUUUAGGGAACAGCAGCCCGGAGAGAAAGAUGGCAGCAAUUCCGGAAACGCCAAAGGAUGAUGCCCCUCGGACUAAUGCUUUCGCAAGCCUCCCAGGCGUUUCUUCUUCUGUCAAGUUUACGAAUGGUCCAUCUUCGAGUGUGUUUGGUACAAAAGCCACAUCGGCACCCUCUUCAGUCUCUUCCCAGAACCUUUUCGCCCCGGGCGCAACAUCAGGAACUCCGAAUGUGUUCACUCCAAAGCUUUCAGCACCUUCUAAUGCCGCGGCUGGCCUUGUUAACAUGGACCAGAAUUCAAACGUCUUGAAGGUUCCGAAAUUCGGCAAUGUUGCAACAAAUUUUCCAGAGCAAUUUCGUCAGAAGGCGAAGGAGGCCAAAGAAAAAGAAUUGCAGAAGGCCAUAGACGAGGAGUACGACUCGGACGAUGACCUCGAAGAAUUUAAGGCAAACUGGAGAGCAAGGGAACUUGAAAAGAUGAAGGAAAUGGAAGAAAUUGCGAAAACUUCUAAGGGUUUCACGUUUGUACCAUCGGCUACGAUCUCAUCGACUAUCAAGGAAGGUAGCAACCAGGCAAGCAUAGCUGGAACCCAACCAUCAACGUUCCCGAACUCGCUAUUUGGUCAGAACCCAUCCUCCCAGGCGUCUAACAGCAUGUCCAGCUCCGUGAAUAGCUCGAGAACACCAACUCCGGGUUUUGGCAGCUCCACUGGGUCUGUCCUCGACGGUCAUAUACCAGGAAAGCCUGUCAAGAUUGGCAACAACAUCUUCGGUCACCUUUCUGAUGCCGAUAGUGGUAAGGGUGGUGAUGCGGACGAUGAGAGUGGGGAUGAAGCAAGUGAGCCCGAAGUGGACUCGGAGAAGAAAGACCCCACGUAUCAGCCGGAUGGAGAGAGUGCAAGUGGACUAGGCACGCCUGCUGAAGAAACGGGUCCCGGCCUGGCUUCUGCAAAGAAGACCAACCCCUUUGCUUCCAAGUUCGGGAGUGCCUCGCUUUCGGGAACCAGUACACCAACAGGCCAGUUUACAGGGGGACUCUUUGACAGAAUCACUAAAGUCAUUAAUCCAUCACCUUCCGGGACUAGUACACCAAUGGGGGGCUUUACUGGGGGACUUUUCGACAGAAUCACUAAAGACAGCAAUGGGAACGUGGUCCGCCGUACCUUCGACGACGAAGAGAAAGAGAAAGAGAAUACACAACCAAAUACUGCCAGUCCAUUUAGUGAUAUGAAAAGCGUAUUCAACAAGAGUACUGCCGCUCCAAGUGACAACACUUGGAAGCCCGACAGCCCGAUCAGAUUUGGCAGUUCUACACCGAGCAAGGAUGGCCAGGAUCCCACUCCAACAGUUAGUGUUACGGCCGCAACCCCGACUAAGACUGGAAGUCCUUCGAGUAUCUUUAGUAGUCUCAAUAAGACUCCUGGUUCGACAUCAAAACCACUCUCAAAUCUAUUUGGGACUGCUAGCGGGGAGAGCAAGCCAGCUGCUCCGCUCUCCACCUUAUUUGGUACAACCAGCAAUCCCGCAGGCUCAACUCCAGGCACUGUUGGCUUUGCUUUUGGUGCCCCUAGCACAACCUCAUCGCUCUUCCCAUCCGCAGCUGCAUCAGCAACUACUUCUCGUGCGACAACUCCAGGCGGGACCACGGACGGAGAUAAUUCGGGCGAUGGUGACGGUGAAGCAGAGAAAGAAAAGUAUGUACCAUUCAAUUUGAGCACCAGAGGUCCUGGUGAAGAACAUGAGGAGGUUGUCCACGAAGUUCGCGCGAAGGCACUGAAAUAUUCUCCCAAGAAAGGUGGUGAUAACAAUGCAUGGGAGAGCAAGGGUGUGGGGCCGUUGAGAGUUCUCAAGCACAAAGAGACCGGUGUGUCGAGAAUUCUACUUCGUAUGGAUCCAACGGGCUUGAUCAUUCUCAACAAAGGCCUCCUUUCCGGGGUCAAGUAUGAGGCGAAAGAGAAGACGGUGAAAUUUUUGACGCCUUUGGAUAAUGGAGCCGGAUUGGAGACGUGGAUUCUGCAAGUCAAGACGCCAGCAUUUGCCAAGGCUCUGGCUGAGAUUCUCGAGGCCAACAAGCCCACAUAAGAUGGCCAGACUCUGGCUAUCUGGCGUUACUUUGGCGCGCUUCUUGGUCGAUUUAUUGAGAUGGCAUUGGUGGUUUCGAACUUCGAUAGAUAGGGUUUAUGGAAGAGUGGAGAGAGCUAUGUAGAAAAAUGGGCAUGAAUAUGGGGGGGCUUGGACCUUUUUUUCCUCGUGUCUAAAACUGCAUCAAGGGAUUGCAUGGCAUUGGCCUGGCGUUGCAUAGCGAUGAUUGCUCGUUUUAGAUGUCAUAGAUGGGUUCGUUGAUACUCAGACAGAACCUUGAUUUU